UUACAUUACAAAGACGACGAGAUGCACCGAAAAACAGAGCAUAGCACUACAAGUGUUUACUGUGGACUACUCGUGCCUCUUUUAAUCAGUCGAGCGGGUGCUGCUAGCGGAGGCGCCAUAUUGGAAGGGACAAAACUCCGGCGACAGCGAGUGACACAAAUAAACCCCUGGACCCCUUCGUUCCCCCAGCUCUGAGGGCCGCGAUGUUGUACCUAGAGGACUAUUUGGAAAUGAUUGAGCAACUUCCAAUGGACCUGCGGGACCGCUUUACGGAGAUGCGCGAGAUGGACCUGCAGGUGCAGAAUGCAAUGGAUCAGCUAGAACAAAGAGUCAGUGAAUUCUUUAUGAAUGCAAAGAAAAAUAAACCUGAGUGGAGAGAAGAACAGAUGGCAUCCAUCAAAAAAGACUACUAUAAAGCUUUGGAAGAUGCAGAUGAGAAAGUACAGUUGGCAAACCAGAUAUAUGACUUGGUAGAUCGACACUUGAGAAAGCUGGAUCAGGAACUGGCUAAGUUUAAAAUGGAGCUGGAAGCUGAUAAUGCUGGAAUCACAGAGAUAUUAGAGAGGCGAUCUUUGGAAUUAGAUACUCCUUCACAGCCAGUGAACAAUCACCAUGCUCAUUCACAUACUCCAGUGGAAAAAAGGAAAUAUAAUCCAACUUCUCACCAUACAACAACAGAUCAUAUUCCUGAAAAGAAGUUUAAAUCUGAAGCCCUUCUGUCUACCCUCACAUCAGAUGCCUCUAAAGAAAAUACAUUGGGUUGCCGAAAUAAUAAUUCCACACCCUCUUCCAACAAUGCUUACAAUGUGAAUUCUUCCCAGCCUCUGGCAUCCUAUAACAUUGGCUCAUUAUCUUCAGGUAGUGGAGCAGGAGCAAUUACCAUGGCAGCAGCGCAAGCAGUUCAAGCUACAGCCCAGAUGAAAGAAGGACGAAGGACAUCAAGUUUAAAAGCCAGUUACGAAGCAUUUAAGAAUAAUGAUUUUCAGUUGGGAAAAGAAUUUUCAAUGCCCAGGGAAGGAGCUGGCUAUUCAUCGUCUUCAGCACUCAUGACAACAUUAACACAGAACACGAGUUCGUCAGCCGCCGACUCACGCAGCGGUCGGAAGAGCAAAAAUAACAAUAAGUCUUCAAGCCAGCAGUCAUCAUCCUCCUCCUCUUCUUCUUCCUUAUCGUCGUGUUCUUCAUCAUCAACUGUUGUACAGGAAAUCUCCCAGCAGACAACAGUAGUGCCAGAAUCUGAUUCAAAUAGUCAGGUUGAUUGGACUUACGACCCGAAUGAACCUCGAUAUUGCAUUUGUAAUCAGGUAUCUUACGGUGAGAUGGUGGGAUGUGAUAACCAAGAUUGCCCAAUAGAGUGGUUCCAUUACGGAUGUGUUGGCUUGACAGAAGCACCAAAAGGAAAAUGGUAUUGUCCACAGUGCACUGCGGCAAUGAAGAGAAGAGGCAGCAGACAUAAAUAAAGGUGCCGUUCAUUCGAAGAAGAGAGAAACUGCAGCUCAGCAUUUUAUAUGGGACUGUAAAAAAGAAGAAAAGAGAAAGAGGAAACAACUCAUUUCCAGGCAACCACUUAAAGGAUUUACAGAGAAUCCUUUAAGGCCUUGAACUUGAAUUUUAUGGGUUGUAUUUUAAUAAUGUAAGUAAAUUAUUUAUGCACUCCUGGUGUGCUACAAAUAUUAUUCCAGUUAGCCUUGGAUUAUUUCUGUGGCCAACAUAUGCAGACAUUUGUACUUCUCAACCAUUUUCUCAAAGUAAUGGGCAUUCUAUAAUUUAGACUUCAAAGAAUUCCAACGAUGAAGAUUUUAAGAAAAGUAUUUUAUAUUCAACAGGUAUAUUCUGCUGCAUGUACUGUACUCCAGAGCUGUUAUGUAACACUGUAUAUAAACGGUUGCAAAGAAAAAGUCCUUCUGAAAAGAAUUUAAGAUAAUGGUUUUUAAAAUGCCUUUAUAGUAAGCUUUGUUUCUUUGUGAAACUGAUUCAGCAGGCUGAAAGAAAUAGUUCAUGUGAUAAAGUGGGCUGGUGUCCUCUAGAGUACCUGGGUACAUAAACAGAAAUUCCUGUAGGUAAAAACGAAUCUGUGCCAUUAGUCUUUAUAUGUUUCUGCAUCCAGAUAGAGUGCAGUUCAUGCGGGUGGGGUGGGGGUUGAUGGGGAAAGGGUGUUAAAGUGAUACAUUUUUAUACCAAAUGUGUUUAUUUUUUUGUGCAAGUAUUCCUUAAAAUUGGAAUUGUAUUAGGUGUUAAAAUAAAGUUUUUAAAAAAUUACUUGUAUUUAUACUUUACACAUUUAAUAAUGAAAAUGUCUUAAUUCUAAUUACCUUCUGGUUUUCAUAAUCUAAAGAGGACAGAGGCCCAGGACAUAGGCUAUUGUGUAAUCUGUGAUUUAUGUAAUAAUGUUUGGAAUUUGUGCUAGAAUAAGGGAAAGACAUUUUCAAUGUAAAAUUGAAAUGCCAAUGUAUUUUUCUAGAACACUUUCCAGCUUUUCCUUCAGUCUAAGGGACUUAAAAGAAAUCUAAUUACAGCAAAAUGAGACAAAAAGAAUGGUUAUGAAUGUUUUGGCUGGAGGCAGUGUGGCCAGUAUGAGUAAAAAGACCCUUAGAUUGGAACUUAAAAUUCAGCUCUAUUUUUAAAUCUUGACAUACAGGUAUGACAGUUAAUUCAAAUUUUGAAUCACUCUGGGCCUUAUUAAACCAGGGUAGUGCUAGUUGUAGAAUGUCUUUAAAGCACUCCUAAGGUUUAAUCUUCGGUGCUACUUAAAUUAUAGAUUUUAUACAGUGGAAGUUUUAUUUGAAAUAUAGAAAAAUGCUUAAAACUUUUAAGAUAGUUAUUAUGUCUUAUUUUCUUUAUAUUGAAGUACUAGGUCCAUCAGAUUUCUGCUUUAAUUGAACUUCUGAGCCUCAUAGAACUUAUUCAAAAGACAGUGUAAAAUCUAUGCAAUACUACCUAAAGGAAAUAGAUUAGAAAGGAAAAUCCAGAGAUCUUUUCCAGCUUUGGGAUUCCACAGUACUCAGCUGCCAUAGUCUGAUUUUAUAACUGUUUGCCCAACAGAUAAGUUAGGUUCAUUUGUGGGUACUCAUUUCAUAUGAUCACAGAUAUCAUAAUUUCAUAAUUCUCAAUAUUUUCAUGGAGGUUUGAUAAAUCUUUAAGAAGCAAUAUUGUUCAGUUAGCUUAUUAGUAGGUUGCCUGGAGAUGCUCCAAUGUGUCGUUUAUGUCUUCUAAUUACGUAUUAUGAUGUUUCCAACCUCGUUUUAUUUAAAACAAGAAUUGAUAAAAGGAAAAUGCCUUAUGCACAGCCUUAUUUUAAAAAAGAAAGUUCCUUGUCUGAGUCAGGAACAUCCCUGUAUCCAUCUGCUAUAGCCUCUUCCAGUUUCUAAAUUCUGUUUCUUACCAAAUUGCUGAGAAAACGCUUUGACACGUUUUAGACUUAAGGAAUGAAUAUUUUAUGAAGUGUAUAUAAAAAUGUAAACCAAAACUUUGUGCAAGUAUUUAGUGAUAGUCUACU